AUCCCAUAUCCGGCACAAGUUUAACAGUUAUUUUCGUGAAGGCAAGAAACCGGUGCUACCAGGACAGAUACUCGUACCGGAUGUCCUACUAGGGUUUAUAUAGGGUUUCUGUUCGGCAUCUGAUCUGCUAGGACAGGAGGUAAGAGGGAAGGAAGGCGACCAUGACUUCUUUAUCCUGCCAUGGCCUUCCCGAUUUGGCGCCAGAGUCCCUCGCUGCUUCCGGUCGAAGCGCGGAGAAGCUGAGCCUUCCUGCCCUGCAAUCGAAGAUGAAAUGCGACCCUGAAAGCUACGAGUCCGAGCUCCUCCUUCUCUACCGCCAUUUCGAUUCCGUUCUUCAUCUCUUCCAGCAGCAAGCUUCUUUCAACUUCACUUCGAUCGGCGGGGUCGGUAGCGACCCAACUGUCGCCAAGGACCUGGGCGACAUGGCCAUGUUCUUGGCUCAUGUCACUCCCUUCUAUCCCAAGCACCUCGCAGAUUUUCCUAAACAACUUGCUGACUUGCUCCGCUCUUCUUCUCGGUCGCUUCCGUCGUCUCUUCGAUGCCAUCUAGUUCAAGCCCUAAUCCUUCUCAUCAAUCGCAAGGUAGUUGAUAUUGGAGAAACUCUUGCACUAUUUAUGGAACUUCAAACUCUAGGAGACAGGGCUUUAAGGAAGCUAGCAUUUUCUCAUGUAGGGCACAGCAUUCGGCGCAUGAAUCAGACACAUAAAAAUGAAGCUAAGAAUCGAAGACUACAGAAUAUCCUAUUUGCAAUGCUCCAGGAGGAGGAUGAGUCAAAAGCUAAAAGAUCUCUUGUUGUACUUUGUGAUCUUCAUCAGAGAAGAGUCUGGUUUGAUGAUAGAACAGCAAAUGCUAUAUGUCUUGCAUGUCUCCAUUCAUCUUCUAGGAUUAUGAUUGCUGCUUUGUCAUUCCUUCUUGGUUAUGAAAAGAUUGAAGAAGCUGAUGAUAGUGAAGAUUCAAACAGUGAAGAUGAUAUGGCUUCUGAAAAUCCUCAAGUUAUUCUUAGUAGGGAGGCUGUCUACAAGGCAUAUCACAAAGGUACAACUUCUAGCAAGAAGAAAAAGCAAGCAAAAUUGCAACGUGUCAUUCGAAGCCUGAAAAAGCAGCAAAACAUGUCAUCUGAUAACAACAAUCCAAGAUAUUCACCACUUAACCAUCUGAAAGAUGCACAGGGAUUUGCUGAGAAGCUAUUUUCUCGCCUUCAGGCUUGCAACGAACGGUUUGAGGUGAAGAUGAUGCUAUUGAAAAUAAUUGCUCGAACUGUUGGCCUCCACCACUUGAUUUUAUUAAAUCUUUAUCCUUUUCUUCAAAAAUAUGUUCAGCCUCAUCAACGAGAUGUCACACAUUUGCUUGCAUCUGCAAUUGAGGCCUGCCAUGAUAUGGUUCCCCCUGAUACAGUUGAACCGUUAUUCAGACAGAUUGUAAAUCAAUUUGUACAUGAUCGUUCUCGUACAGAGGCAAUUGCUGUUGGAUUAAAUGCAGUAAGGGAGAUGUGUCUGCGCAUGCCUUUGUUGAUGACAGAGGAUUUGCUGCAAGACCUUGUAUUAUAUAAGAAGUCACAUGAGAAAGCUGUUUCAACUGCAGCUCGUUCUUUGAUAACGUUAUUUAGAGAGGUGUGUCCUUCAUUGCUGGUUAAGAAGGACCGUGGGCGUCCUACUGACCCAAAAGCAAGGCCAAAGGCAUUUGGUGAAGUGAAUGUAGUCAGCAAUGUUCCUGGCAUUGAGUUACUACAGAAUGAUGAUAAUGAUGAUGAAUCUGAAUCCAGUGGCUCUGAUGGUGAGGAGGCUACUGCUAGUGGUGAUGAGCCAACCCCAUCAUUUUGUGUGGGUAAUGACUCUGACAGUGAGGAGGGUUAUGAGGAAAUGGGGGAUGAGAAUGAUGAACUUAAAGAAAGUAAUAAAGUGGAUGAAGAUGAAGAGGAGUAUUAUGAUGUUGCUUUGGAUGAUGAGGAGGAAGAGAAUGAAGAAGAGGAAUCUGGUGACUUUGACAAUGAUGAUGACGAUGAGGUGGCUGCUAUUGAUGUUAAUUCAGUAGGGGAAAAUGGUGAAGAAGAGGGGGAAGAACAUAUAUCACGAAAGAGGAAGUUACUUGAUUUAGAUGGGCAACUUAAUGUUGCUGAUACUAGUCUUCGGGCUCUGAAGAGAUUAGCUGGAGCAAAGAUGGGGCGUGUUUCUUCUGACUCAACAGAUGGUAUUCUUUCAAAUGAAGAUUUCCAACGUAUUAAAGAAUUAAAGGCAAAGAAAGAAGCAAAGCUUGCUUUGACCAAGCAUGGGCUGUUACCCAGUUCUGAGGAAUUAAGUGUUAAGCGAGUGGACCCUGCUAAACUUGAGGUUAACGUACGAAAAAAGCUAAGUAAGGAGGAAAGACUUGCUUUGGUAAGAGCUGGAAGGGAGGACAGAGAGAAGUACCAAGCUCGAACUGCUGUAAAACAGAAAAAGACUGGUGGUUUGAGCAAUCGGCAGAAGGAGCACAAGAAGGCAAUGCCUCUAGCUGCAAAGAGAGCCAAGGUUGCACGAUCUCGGCUUGAGAAAAAUAAACAGAAGCGGACCUCUGGCAAGCAGUUCCGGGGAAGGAAAGGCUGGAAGUGAUUUUAGUUCUAUCAUUCUGUAACAAUAUAUAGCCAAUUUUGUUUAUGAUUUGAUUAAAACACUAAGAUUAGCAAUAAUUGAGAUUGCAACGCUGAUAAAGAGGGCAUGGUCUUUCUUUUACCCCAUGUUUUCUAUUUAUUAAUUGAAUCUUAGUGAAAAAAGGAAUCUUGGUGCUCUCUAUGUCGGUGCUUUAUACAACUACUCAAUUAGCUUGAUAUCAGUGAUGGAAAAGGUGGGAGA